AUGUUAAAAAUUCUCAUCCCAACACUAAUGCUAUUUCCCACAAUCUGGCUUAGUCCUGCAAAGUGAUUAUGAGCAACAUCAACUGCCCAAAGCCUACUUAUUGCACUAGCGAGCUUAUCCUGGCUCAAGUGGUCAUCAGAAACCGGCUGAACCUCCUCCAACCUUUAUUUAGCCACAGACCCCUUGUCGACGCCCCUCCUAGUAUUAACCUGCUGACUACUUCCCUUAAUAAUCCUCGCAAGUCAGAACCACAUCAACCCAGAGCCCCUUAGUCGCCAACGGACCUACAUCUCUCUCUUAGUCUCUCUUCAGAUAUUCUUAAUCUUAGCAUUUGGUGCCACAGAGAUCAUUAUGUUUUAUAUCAUAUUUGAAGCCACACUUCUUCCAACUCUAAUCAUCAUCACCCGGUGGGGCAACCAGACAGAACGCCUCAGUGCUGGCACCUACUUCUUAUUCUACACCUUAGCCGGCUCCCUGCCCCUCCUUGUAGCCCUCCUCCUCCUACAAAAUGACAAUGGGACACUAUCCAUGCUGACACUGCAAUAUACACAGCCCCUCCACCUUCUAACAUGAGGGGAUAAGCUAUGGUGAGCUGCCUGUCUCCUGGCCUUUCUUGUAAAAAUACCCCUAUACGGCGUCCACCUUUGACUCCCCAAAGCCCAUGUAGAAGCCCCAAUCGCAGGCUCUAUGGUCCUAGCUGCCGUCCUUCUUAAGCUGGGCGGAUACGGCAUAAUACGAAUAAUAAUUAUGCUAGACCCCCUAACCAAGGAACUAGCAUAUCCAUUCAUUGUCCUAGCCCUCUGAGGUAUUAUUAUAACCGGAUCCAUUUGCCUCCGUCAAACGGACCUGAAGUCACUGAUCGCUUACUCCUCCGUAGGACAUAUAGGAUUGGUCGCAGGGGGCAUUCUAGUUCAAACACCCUGGGGAUUUACUGGCGCAAUUAUCCUUAUAAUUGCACACGGACUUGCCUCUUCAGCACUAUUCUGCCUAGCAAAUACAAGCUACGAACGAACACACAGCCGGACCAUACUUCUAGCCCGAGGGAUACAAAUAAUUCUCCCUCUAAUAACCACCUGGUGAUUUGUAGCCAGUUUAGCCAACCUAGCCCUCCCACCUCUUCCUAAUCUAAUGGGGGAACUAAUAAUCAUCACCACCAUGUUUAACUGAUCACACUGAACUCUUCUCCUCACAGGAGUCGGAACGCUGAUUACAGCCAGCUAUUCCCUCUAUUUAUUCCUAAUAACCCAACGAGGGCCCCUACCUUCUCAUAUUAUUGCCCUUGAACCCACCCACACCCGUGAGCACCUGCUUAUCACCCUACAUCUUAUCCCCAUCAUCCUCCUAAUCCUAAAACCGGAACUCAUAUGAGGCUGGUGUUUCU